AUGGCUGCCACUAGAUUGCCACGUAUGUCAAGACCAUUGGGUCUUGGUGCACCAUCAUCUUUCUCUUGUUCGUGUAAUUCCUCACUAUCAUCGUCGACUAUGAAUAUGAUGAGGUUAAACAAGGUGGGGUUUAAUGGCGAGAACACGAUUACUGAGAAUGGAGAGACGAAAGCUAUGGCGGCGUUGAAGGCAUCGGUGGCUGAUUCGGACAGGGUGGUCACCUCAAAACCGCAGACUGAAGGAGGAGUUGAUCUGACUUCAGUAUUGGAAAACGUUAAAGCUGUUGUGAGGAAGAGCUUCAAGGUACUGGUUACCAAAGGAAGGCCAUGGAAAUUACGUGCUCAGUUGCUCAUUGAAAAGGUUAUAAUUGACUGUCGAUUCUUCACGUUGUUUGCAGUUGCAGGAUCCUUGAUUGGUUCAGUAUUGUGCUUUGUAGAGGGUUCUUUUAUAAUUCUAGAGUCAUACUUGCAGUAUUUCCAUGCUCUUUCUGAAAUAUCAGAUCAAGCCCAUGUUGUGCAGCUACUUAUUGAAGCAAUAGAUAUGUUCCUUGUAGGAACUGCACUGUUUCUAUUUGGGAUAGCAUUGCAUGUCAUGUUUGUGGGACCCAAAAAUCUAAAAGGAAAAGGGUCGCAGCUUCCAGGAUCAAACUUGUUUGGGCUGUUCUAUCUCAAGACACUGCCAUCGUGGGUAGGAAUGCAAUCAGUCACGCAAGCCAAAUCAAAUAUCGGACAUGCAAUGAUGAUGAUACUUCAAGUAGGAAUUUUGGAGAAGUUCAAGAGUACACCUUUGGUUACUGGGUUGGACCUUGCCUGUUUCGCUGGAUCUGUGUUUCUUUCCUCAGCUUCUAUAUUCCUUCUCUCAAGGCUUACUGUUAGUGGAAGGAAGUGGAAUUGUAGUAGAUAG